CUUUGGACACUCAUUUAGCUUCAAUUAUAGUGCCAAGAUGGGAGAGUUCAAACACUUGGUGAUAGUUAAGUUCAAGGCAGAUGUGGUGGUGGAGGAGAUCCUCACAGGGCUGGAGAAGUUGGUUGCCGAGAUUGAUGCUGUUAAGUCCUAUGAAUGGGGACAGGACCUGGAGAGCCAGGAGAUGCUUACACAAGGUUUCACUCAUGCCAUCUUGAUGACAUUCGACAAGAAGGAAGAUUACACUCUGUUUCUCAGCCACCCUAAACAUGCAGAAUUUUCUGGUACAUUUUCGACUGUUAUAGAAAAGAUUGUGCUGCUUGAUUUCCCAGCUACUCUUGUCAAGCCUCCACCACCACCACCACCUCCACCAGCAGCAGAAGUUAAAGCAGAGGUUUAAAUCAAAAUAAGUAGCUCUAUAACCAUGAAAGUGGAACUAUGAUGUAUGCUAGCUGCUUCUGCUUGUGUGUGUAUUGUGGUUUGUGCUUACAAAAUCAUGGUAGUUUUCAAUUAUGCAGAUAAGGUGAUGAUUUUAAUGUAAUUUCAACUUGUGUGGAAUUAUAUUAUGGUCAUAUUUCGUAAUCUGAUUGGACAAUUAGCCUAA